AUGGCCGCCGUCGGCGAGGACGACGCGGCGUGGGAGCGCGCCAUCUCCGCCGCCACCAAGGCCACCUCGGCGCCCAAGACCCUCGCCCUCGACGGCAUCGUCAAGUCCUCCACGGGCCGCCUCCCCUCCGCGGCCCUCCUCGAGCGCUUCGCCGCCUCCCUCGAGGAGCUCUCCGUCGCGGGGGCGCGCCUCUCCUCGCUGGAGGGCCUGCCCCGCCUCCCGGCGCUCCGGCGCCUCUCCCUCCCCGACAACCGCCUCUUGGGGGCCGCCGCGCUCGCCGCCGUCGCGGAGGCCUGCGGCGCCACGCUGCGUCACCUCGAUCUAGGGAACAACCGGUUCGCGGACGUCCAGGAGCUCGCGCCGCUCGCCGGGGUCGGGGUCGAGUCGCUCGACCUGUACCAGUGCCCCGUCUCCAAGGUCAAGGGGUACAGGGAGAAGGUCUUCGCGCUGAUUCCCAGCUUGAAGCACCUCGACGGCGCUGACGCUGAGGGAAACGAGCGCUUGGAGACGGAUGACGACGAGGACGAUGAGGAGGACGACGAGGAGGGGGGAAGAGGAGAGAAGAAGGGGAAGGGGUGGAGGGAGAGGAGGAGGGCGAAGAGGAUGAUGGAGAGGAAGGGGAUGAAGAAGAUGGUGAGGACGGGGAAGGGGACGACGACGAAGAAGGUGAUGAGGAGGCUGAAGACGAAGACGGUGAAGCUGAGGAUGACGAAGUUGAUGCGGAUGCAGAAGACAAGGAGAACAUCGAAAGCAAAGCAGGAUCUUCCCUGCCAAAUAAGAGGAAAAGGGAUAGCAAGGAUGAUGCCAAUGGAGACAAGUAAAACGCACUUGUAA